CACAACAGAGACGAUGCCAGUGUGUGACAAUGUAUUGGUGCGUAUAUGAAAAAAAGCAUAUAAUAUUGCAGUGUAUGCUAGUUUUGUUUGAGCGUCAUUUCAGUGAAGUGUUACUUGAAAUAACUAACAAAUAAUCAAACUAUUUUGAAAUUUAGAAAAGAUUUAAAGUGACGAUUUAAAAAAUGGAUUCAGAGCCUGAUUCAUCGCAAGAUCCAACAGAUACCCAACGCAGUAGUUUGCAACAUUUGGUCUCUCAUGAUGUUUUUUCUUUUGGCGUGGCUUGUGAAUUACCUGAUAUUAAUCUGUCAACAAAACGAGAUAUAUUGAAGUAUUAUUUUUUCUUGGCCGAACGUUCAAAAGCCCUAAGCAAAAUGUUUUCGUAUAAAACACUUACUCCCCAAGUAGCAGACAGAUUGUUCGAAAUUUGGAGUCAACUUAAUAUUGAACUUAUACUCAAAGGUAGCAUCAUUAGAAAAUUGAAUGCUUUCAUUGACGCAUAUUAUAAUGCAGUUAAACAACGAGUAAAACGCGCAACAGAAUUCCAAAAGUUCGUAGAAUCAACAAACGAAUUAUUCAACAUUGGAAAAUGUAAAUGCAACUUGAAAGAAAACGACUGCUCAUGUGGAUCUAUCCCAGAAAACUUAAACUAUUUCAUGCGCGAUCAAUAUAAUGACAGAAUACAAACGAUACCGGAACACGAUAGUGGAAGUGAAGAGACGAUACCAACGACUAUACCAACAAUCCCAGUGAGCAACGAUCCUACAUACACACCAGAUGAUGACGAAAUGGAAGUUGAUGUGAGAGGAGUUUCAGAAUUAGUUCUAUCACCACAAACAUACACUCACAGAUACAAUACUAAAAACUAUGCAAUGAUGUGUGACAGAUUUGGUGUGCAUGAUAGAAUGGGAUCAGCAUUGGCAACAGCUCUGAUGGAAGACCUGGGCGUAAAAGAUGCUCAUGACAAUCUUGUCAUCAUGGAUAAAAGUAAACUUCGUAGAGAAAGAGAAAAAUGGAGACAAGAUGCACUUCGUAAGCGGUAUGAUGGCUCGAAUUUGAUAUCAUUUUCAUUCGACGGCAGAAAAAAUGAUGCUCUAACUUUAGAAAAAAUUGAUGAGAAGUUGCAUCCAAGGAUGGUUAAAGAACCUCAUCUAGUUGUUUUGAGGGAACCAAAUUCUCAAUUGAUAGGCUACACAAAAGUAGAAAGUGAAACUGCGGAAAGCAAAGUCAACAAAUUGAUCGAAUUCUUCCAAGAAAAACAACUGUCUCUCGAUUCAUUAAUUGCCAUAUGCUCUGAUGGUGAACCAACAAAUACUGGCGUACACGGUGGAGUUUUGCGACUAUUCGAAAAACUGUUAACUAUAUAAUAAAAGUAUACACGCCAAUGUAUUUCAAUGUUAAGUAUCAUAGCUCUGCCGUAUACGGUAGUACAUUACUUUUUAAAUUUAUUACUUGGACCCGAUUUUUACCAUCGAAUUUACGUCAAGUUGUAAAUACAGUAAUUCAAGAUAAUGCAUAUUUUGCACACUCAGAAAAUAUCUUGCUAUCUAUGUUGUUCGAUGAUAGAAUGGAAAAACGAAACAUUGCUAUCAAGAAGAUUUUACAUUACCGAAGAGAUAUUGUCGACCCAACGGAACUUAGAGUUUAUAAAAAACCUCUUAUAAACUUUAAUUGUACGGAAUAUACAAAUAUGAUUGAUUUAAAUGACGAUACCAUUUUAUUCGAACCACCGUUUACGCAAAGUCAUUCGUAUGAACAUUUGGAGGGAUAUUUAAAUUACGAAGAGCCACCAUUCGAUGAUCCACAAAUUCCUUUACACAUCCAAGGAACGGAAAGACAUAUCCAAUUGCUGGCUGCCACUGCUAAACGAGUUGCAGGAAAGAAUGUAGAAGGCGCUAUGGCGACGACAUUAGAGAGCCGUGAGAAAACACCCAGACUUGAAAGCAAACAAGACUUUCAGAAAAAAUAAUGUUUUUUUUCACAUUUUUUCUUUUACUACACUCAAAUUGAAUAUUUUUUUUUUGAUUAUAGGUUGAUAGAUACUUUAUUAUCUCUUAAUUUGAAUUUUUGUAGAAAAAAAAAUAAAAAGGGGAAAAAAAAUCAAAAAGUUGGUUUUAUGUGUUAUUUUGUUUUAGCAAUAUCGCCUGAACUAAUCAACCGAAUUCGAUAAAUUUGGGCUUAAACUCUUCGUUUUGAAUUGUAAAUUGAAUAAAAUAAUGGAUUGAGCCUAAAAAAUGGCCAUGAAAGUAAUAUUUUUGGACAAAAUCAUGAAAAAAAUGGAAAAAUGGUUCAAAAUUUGGACAAAAAUGCCCGUAACUUUUGAACCGUAGGACCAAUGUUGGAGGUUUUGUUUUGUAAAUUGAUCAGAAUGAGCUCACCUUUCCAACGCGCCUACUGGCGAUUAGAUCCGAUCGAUAGUUUUUGAGUUAUGGAUGUGAACGUGUAGGUAACAUUUCUUACGAACGUCAAUUUUGGAAAAAAAUCUACCUACAAAAAGUAGGGGACUCGAUUUUAACGAUAGAGGUAUGGUUCCUUGGGCAAAUUUUCUUGAAAUAACCCAUAGAAUACGGAAAUCAUAGGGAAAUUGUCGAAAAAAAAAUCGACCCG